AUGGAAAGAAAUGGAGAUGAUCAAUCAGGAUCAAAGGAUCAGAGUACAGAGGUCAAAAAGGAUGAAGAUAAAAUGGUGAACGCCAUAGGGGCUUUGGAAAGGUGGCAGAUAAUACUGUGUUUGAUGGUAGCGGUGCCUACGAAGGUCUCCGCGGCCUGGCAGCAGCUUGGGAUCGUGUUCGUGGCGCCCGCGACCAGCUUCCAGUGCACGGAGACGAACCUCACGGACAGCAUCCAGCCGGCGACGUGCUACAAGGACUGUGUCAAGUACGAGUACUACACGGAGUUCGAGAACACCAUCAUCUCGGAGUGGGACCUCAUCUGCGAGAGAGCCUGGAUGGCUAACUUCACCCAGAUGCUGUGCAUGGCCGGUGUGUUGCUUGGAAGUGUCAUUUUCGGAUUUAUAGCUGAUAGGUAA